AUGCCGACCGCACGGGGCCAAGACUGGGAGAAGUACCAAAAGAAGUUUGCGGACGACGAGAUUGAGGAGAAGAAGAUUGCGCCGUUGACGGACGAGGACAUCCAAGUGCUCAAGACAUACGGGGCGGCACCAUAUGGCGCAGCCCUGAAGAAGCUGGAACAGCAAAUAAAAGAGAAGCAGCAGAGCGUGGACGAGAAGAUUGGCGUAAAGGAAUCGGACACCGGUCUUGCGCCGCCACAUCUGUGGGACGUGGCAGCGGACCGGCAGCGAAUGUCGGAAGAGCAGCCGCUGCAGGUGGCGCGGUGCACCAAGAUCAUUGCGGACGACAGCGACGAUGCUAAGAGCAAGUACGUGAUCAACGUCAAGCAGAUCGCCAAGUUUGUGGUGCAGCUGGGCGACCGGGUCGCCUCGACCGACAUUGAAGAGGGCAUGCGGGUGGGCGUGGACCGCAACAAGUACCAGAUCAUGCUGCCGCUGCCGCCCAAGAUCGACGCGAGCGUGACGAUGAUGACGGUGGAGGAGAAGCCGGACGUGACAUACGGCGACGUGGGCGGCUGCAAGGAGCAGGUCGAGAAGCUGCGCGAGGUCGUCGAGAUGCCGCUGCUGUCGCCCGAGCGCUUUGUCGAUCUGGGCAUCGACCCGCCCAAGGGCGUGCUGCUGUACGGGCCACCGGGCACGGGCAAGACGCUGUGUGCGCGUGCCGUGGCCAACCGCACCGACGCCACCUUUAUCCGCGUCAUCGGCAGCGAGCUGGUGCAGAAGUACGUCGGCGAGGGCGCCCGGAUGGUGCGCGAGCUGUUCGAGAUGGCCCGCACCAAAAAGGCCUGCAUCAUCUUCUUUGACGAGGUCGACGCCAUCGGUGGCGCCCGCUUCGACGACGGUGCCGGCGGCGACAACGAGGUCCAGCGCACCAUGCUCGAGCUCAUCACCCAGCUCGACGGCUUCGACGCCCGCGGCAACAUCAAGGUCAUGUUUGCCACCAACCGGCCGUCCACCCUGGAUCCGGCCUUGAUGCGGCCCGGUCGCAUCGACCGCAAGAUCGAGUUCUCCCUGCCCGACCUCGAGGGCCGCGCCAACAUUCUGCGCAUCCACGCCAAGAGCAUGUCGGUCGAGCGCGAUAUCCGCUGGGAGCUCAUCUCCCGCCUCUGUCCCAACGCCACCGGCGCCGAGCUGCGCAGUGUCUGCACCGAGGCCGGCAUGUUCGCCAUCCGCGCCCGUCGCAAGGUCGCCUCCGAAAAGGACUUCCUCAGCGCCGUCGACAAGGUCAUCAAGGCCAACCUCAAGUUCAACUCCACCGCGUCCUACAUGCAGUACAACUAG